AUGACUGCUCUCCUGGGGGCCUACUCCCUCUUCCCUCUUCUCCUGGCCUGCGUGGUGCAGACAGAGGCCAAGAUCGAGAACACCAAGAUGAAUUGCUACAGAGAUGUGAAGGGCACCAUCUAUGAUUAUGACGCCGUCACUCUCGAUGGCAAGGAGAAAAUUCUGUUCAAAGAGUAUUCGGGCAAGCACGUCCUUUUUGUCAACGUGGCCACCUACUGUGGGCUGACCGUUCAGUAUCCUGAACUGAACGCGCUUCAGGAGGAGCUGAGGUCCUUCGGCCUGGUUGUGCUGGGCUUUCCCUGCAAUCAGUUUGGAAAGCAGGAACCCGGAGAGAACUCGGAGAUCCUUCCAGGACUAAAGUAUGUCCGCCCAGGGAGAGGCUUUGUACCUAAUUUCCAGCUGUUUGAGAAGGGGAUUGUGAAUGGUGAAAAGGAACAAAAGGUCUUCACCUUUUUGAAGCAUGCCUGUCCUCACCCCUCGGAGUUUCUGGGCAUGUUGAAACAUAUCUCUUGGGAGCCUAUAAAGGUCCAUGACAUCCGCUGGAAUUUUGAGAAGUUCCUGGUGGGACCCGACGGAGUCCCUGUCAUGCGCUGGUCCCACCUCACCACCGUGAGCGCGGUGAAGGCGGACAUCCUGGCCUACCUGAAGCAGUUCAAUGCCAACUAGGAAG